CUCCACUGAACAAAGUAGUCCUUCAUUCAAGUGAGGUAAUUCCAUCACAUGUAAAUGAAACGCGGGACACAACCAUUAUGUCACUUUAGUCUGAUUUGAUAUUUUGCAAUAAUGGAAUUAUGCAACUAAGCUUCUGGACAUCUUUUAGCAAAAUGUGGUAAAACAAUAAAAGUAUUAAUAUGAUAUGAUAGAACAGUGCACACAGUUACCAGCUGAUCUACCUGCCCAAACUCUACAUCUACCGCCCAGCGUGUUCUCUCUGUAUAGACAACAGCUUGGGGAUUAACCUUGACAUAUUCUAAGCAAAAUAUUCCCGGCGAGAGAACAAGCGCCCACUUUCACCAAACACACACGAUGAUACGUGGGAGUUUAUGGAAAAAGUCUCAGACAGCGUCAGUGUGUGACACAGUGACUCAGCCUGUAGGCGGACUCUCCACCACGUCAAAGGACUCCAUCAGUGAAAGCACACUGCCAGCCCAUCCUCAAGUUUCACUACACGCUGGGCCACUACACACACACACACACACAGAUCAGCUCUGUCCUGGAACUGAAAGCUGUGGAUUUCAUGAAGUGGACUUGAGCAACCUCAGAUUCGUGCUCCAUAUGAGGAAAAAAAUUUUGAAAGCACCUUGUCUCCUCUUGAGUCUGUUCACAAGUCUGAAUCUCUGCUCUGCAAAAUUUGGGACCCCGAUAACAGAUGAUGUGAGCAAGCUGACGUUACUGAAGCAGAAUAUCCCCUCUGAUUAUGAGAUUCCCAUUAGUUUCAUUCCCAGGGAAGUGGCUGGCACGUGCUGGGUGGUGCUAAACAUCUAUCCUUUGGAGCAAAGCCUUCGGAAGCUGGCCGGCAUGUUUGGUCCCAUCUCCUCCAACAGGGAAAACAUCCUCGUUUUCAUUGCCAUGCUUAAAAGCCUGCGCUUCACAUUCGACCACGAGGAGCUGGAAACAGCGAUGCAGGUCUUCCAGUGUCACUACCAGGAGCAGAGCUUAAGGUCUGCGCUUUACUUCGACUACAUCAAAGACGUGUUACACGCCGCCGCUCGAGGAACAUCUGGCUUCGCGUGCAAGCCUCCACCCUGCCUUCACCCGCAGCAGACGCCAGGGGGUCAGGAGGAGAACCGUCAGCACAGCCUGCUGAAGAGAACGCCUCUGCUCCUGGUUCUCAUCCCCUUCAUCGCCUGCGUCGUCCUCAUAGUGUGGCUGGUGAAGUCUAGGAGGCGUUUACCGCUCUGCAACGCUGAAAAUAGCCAAAUGGCACCUCCUGACAUGAUCCCUACUGUGUCUGUCUCCAUCCCACUUCAAACGCCGGCCCACGCCGCUGACACCCGGCCAGCGGGGGAGGCGGUCCUUGAACAUGAAAGUGGAUGAGCCGCGAUUAAUAACCACAGGCAGAGUCGGUGGAGCGGCGCAGCGGCUCGGCGCAGGCUGCCCGGGGCCUGCCGGAUCCACCGGCGCGGCCCUCGCGCGCUUCCUCCGCUUUCACCCGUCUGUGCGCUCGGACCCGCGCUGCCAGAGAAAACUCACCUGCCGCCAAGAUGGGCGAGUUUAUCCCCCCGGCGCCUCUAAUGCCUCGCCCUAAGAGAGGAAGGACUCUCUACUCAGUGGCUGGUUUGCUGCCAGUAGGGAUGGGGAAGUGCAUUAAUUGUUUCCACUUGGCCUCUGUUUAACAUCACUUGUCUGGCCGGCGCUGACCAGACCUCGCUGAUUUAUUUUUUUCAUCCUGCCCGUGUGAGCUGGAGCGUUUCUGUGCUCCAGCUGUGACCUGCAACUCAAAGUGUAGCUGGAGAAGCAAAUCAAAAUAAGUUUGAGGCACGUCAUAUUAUUCUGAACAGGACAGAACGCGGCCUGGCUCAGCGUCCACUGAAACGCAUUAGUCUUUACACUUCUGCUUUCGAGGCAUCAGAAGUGACUGAAAGCUGCGCUUGGCCGACUUCAGCUUGUUUUAUACUCGCUGUUGACAUUGUUAUGAUCUGUCAUCUGUCACAAAUUGCAAACAUGCUCCUCGCAAACAACACGCCGAGCAGCUCAACAAGCGUCCUGCUUUGUGUAUCAAAGAUCUGACCAGAUGGCAGACAGCCAUCGCCAGGGGCACUUUGAAUCCCGUCAUUGUAUCUUAAAGCUGUUGCCCAGUGAUCUAUAGCUGCUGCUCGGCCACAGCAAGUGUGUUAGAGAUUUUAAUGCCUUAUUCACCGAGUCAAUCAUGGUCAGUCAUGAGAACAUGACUCCUGGAGUGUGAGCGCUCUGGUACUAUGUGUCAGAGAGAGAGGGAGCGGGAGACGGGGCAGACGGGCGAGCGAGAGCGAGGGAGAUAGGAGUCGAUGGAUGGACGGAUGAGCUCAGUGAGAAGCAUAAGGAGGGCUUGUUCUCGUCACAAAAGAGCUGGCCGUAGGCUGGAGGAAAUGCCAGUUACAAACACGACUGAUGUCGACAGAUGCCUAUGAAUCAACAGGCUAAGAAUCCCUCCUGACCACAAGCUCUGUAGCCUCAUCCACACAGGAUGGUUAGUAUUUCAAUAACAAUUUUCUGUAUCUGAAUGAUUUACUUCAAAACACAAAGAUAUAUCUUUAUUAACAUGUUUUCCUGUUCUAAUCUAGUGUGCUGUGCUUUAAUGUCUUAUAGUGAAAAAUAGUUGUAUUAUGCAUUUGUACCGUAAUUGAAAUAUUUAAUUUAUUCCGUUGCUUAUCAUUUCCUAAAAGAAUGUAUUUUAAAACGUUACUUAUUCUAGUGAAGAAUGUAAAUGAGGUAGGCAAAAUACUGUGAAUACUAUAUUAUUAUGAACAUACACUCACAUUAUGGCCACAUAUUCUGCAUCAGUGGGUUAUAUUAAAAUGGAUGUUAAUAGAUGCAUUUGUGCUUCUCUUUCACAGAAUAUCCCAGGUAGUUGUUCCAUCCCUUCCAUUUUGUAAAAUGAUUUACGUUGUCUAUCCCCGCAUCAAAAUAUAAAGGCAGCAAAUCAUUUAGCCUCAAGGCAUGAAUUAUCUGCAUCCCAUUUUGCAUAGACCUUAUUUUUCUCUGCACUAUUAAUGAAUAACAAAAGACAAUGUUAUUUUCCCUUUAUCAGUAUUUGUGUAAAUAAUCAAUGUGUUUGUAGAAGUCAGUGUGACAGUGACAGACAACAUGGUGCAUAUCCCACUAUUGUAUCUGUAAUAAAAUACUCUCGGUUUUUAUGUCCGGUUAA